AUGAAUGGCCCAACUAGAUAUGCCUUAGAGCAAUGGCUGGCUACAACGGCAGACACUGGCCCCCGUGCGCGCCUUGGUGUAUCCUUUCAUAACCUACAUGCAUAUGGCUUCAUAUCAUCAACUGACUAUCAAGCCACUGUUGGUAGUUAUAUCUUAGCAAUUGGCGCUGUAUUGCGUCGAUUACUAGGCUACCAACAGCGUCAGAAGAUACAAAUUCUUCGCGGGUUUGACGGCCUAGUACGCAAUGGCGAGAUGCUUUUGGUUCUGGGUAGACCGGGGAGUGGGUGCUCGACUAUGCUGAAGGCUCUAACCGGCGAUACACAUGGGUUCUAUCUUGAAGCUGAGUCUGAAAUUAAUUAUCAAGGCAUUUCCUUCGAACACCUUCACAAUGACUGCAAAGGAGCCGCUAUCUAUCAAGCAGAGCUGGAUGUCCAUUUCCCCGAACUGACGUUGGGCGAAACUCUUGGCUUCGCUGCUACUGCACGAGCGUAUCAAAAUCAAAAUGACAACCAGAGAAACGAGAACAAUUCCCAACAUUCAUCUCCAAGCUCCCUUGUAGCCUCUAUAUUUGGUUUAUCAAAUUCUUUCCAGACUCUGAUGGGGAACGAAAUGAUCCGCGGUGUAUCAGGAGGGGAGAAAAAGCGAACUAGUAUCGCCGAGGCAUUCAUAGCCGGGGCUCCAAUUCAAGCCUGGGAUAAUACGACCCGUGGACUGGAUAGUCUAACGGCGCUUGAAGUCAUUGCAAUUUUAAAGACCUCUGCUACUGUCCGCGGCUCAUCUGUUAUGGUUAGUGUAUAUCAAGCCUCCCAAGCCAUAUAUGAUCAAUUUGAUAAAAUCACGCUACUCUACGAUGGCCUACAGAUAUACUUCGGGCCCAUCGACCAAGCAGUGCCCUAUUUCGAGCGGCUUGGCUUCGUUAAACCAGAGAGGCACACUACAGCCGACUUUUUGACCUCACUAACAAACCCUACUGAAAGGGCCCAUGUAGUAAAGACCGGGUUUGAAGAUAAGGUUCCGCGUUCCGCUGACGAAUUUGUAGAUGCUUGGGGUAAAAGUAUAGAACACCAAAGUCUAUUAGAUGAGAUCACGAAUUAUAAUACUGAGCACCCACUUCAAGAGGACGCAGUGCGACAGUAUCACGCUGCGAAAUCUGCGUCAUUGGGACGUGACAGCACCCAAUCCUCGCCAUAUAAUAUCUCGACUUACCACCAAAUUAUAGUCUGCGUGCAACGUGGUUUCUAUAGGAUUCGAAAUAACUACGUACCUGUAGUAUCAGGCAUAAUCGGAAACACCGUCGUGGCCAUCAUCAUCUCCAGUGUAUUCUAUAACCUACCCGAGACGACCGAUAGCUUUUACGGAAGAGCUGUUUUAAUCUUCUACAGCAUCGUCAUUAAUGCUGGCAUUAGUGCAUUCGAGGUCCUUACUAUGUGGGCGGCGCGCCCAAUCGUUGAAAAACACGACAAAUACAAGUUCUAUCACCCUUUCGUUGAGUCAACCGCUUCUAUGAUGUGUGACAUCCCGAACAAGGUGUUAACCUCCGUUGGAUUUAAUCUGUCCAUUUAUUUUAUGGCCAAUCUACGACGAACUCCCGGUGGCUUCUUUACCUUCUAUCUAUUUUCCUUCACGUGUCUCCUUACUAUGUCCAUGUUUUUUCGCAUGGUUGGCUCGCUGUCUCGUACGAUAGAACAAUCUAUGGCCCCUGUUGCGAAUUUAAUGCUGCUUUUCAUUAUAUAUGCAGGUUUCGUUAUUCCAGCCAAAUACAUGCAUCCUUGGUUUGGCUGGAUUAGGUGGAUAAACCCAAUUGGAUACGCGUACGAAAGCUUGAUGAUCAACGAGUUCUGGGAUCGAAUUUACUCAUGCACGACCAUGGUACCUUCAGGUCCCGCAUAUACCCAGGUCUCUUCAACUGAACGAAUAUGCUCUGCUGUGGGGAGCCUGCCUGGUGAAGACUUUGUGCGAGGUGAAAGAUACUUGGAGGUUCAGUACGGCUUCGUUAGAUCUCAUCUCUGGAGGAAUUUUGGUAUCUUGCUUGCAAUGAUGGUGGCAUUCUGCUUUGUUCAUCUCCUUGCUGUGGAGUACAUUCCUGCUCAGCGGUCAAAAGGAGAUAUUCUCCUCUUCUGCCGUGACCGCAAAGCUAGGAAUAAGCUCAUUGUCGCCGACGAGGAGAAAACAAUUACGGAUCCCGCUAUAUUAAUGCAAGCAAAUGAGAAAAUUACGACUGAGGUCAUAGCGGGCCACCAGCCCAGUAUCUUCGAUAACCUACAGAAGCAAACCGCGAUUUUUCAUUGGGACGGAAUUUGUUAUGAUAUCGAGACACGUCACGGUAAAAAACGCAUCCUCGACGAGGUGGAUGGCUUUGUUAAACCCGGGACACUGACGGCUCUGAUGGGAGCUACUGGAGCUGGCAAGACUACACUUUUAGACGUACUAGCCUGUCGUACGUCUGUUGGUGUCGUGUCAGGAGCUGCUUACAUUGACGGGAAGCCUAGAGACAGUAGCUUCCAGCGUAAAACAGGUUAUGUCCAACAAUCUGAUAUUCACCUUUCAACCGCUACAGUGCGUGAGGCAUUGGAAUUCAGUGCUUUGUUACGACAACCAAGGUCUUCCACAAAGCAAGAAAAGUCAGAGUACGUUGAAUAUGUACUCAAGGCCCUAGAUAUGGACCCAUAUGCAGACGCUGUUGUUGGGGUCCCAGGAGAAGGACUGAACGUCGAGCAACGCAAACGAUUAAGCAUUGGUGUCGAAUUAGCUGCGAAGCCGGAACUACUUCUUUUUCUUGAUGAACCAACCUCAGGUCUCGAUAGCCAAACCGCAUGGACCAUUUGUACUUUGCUUCGCCGACUAGCGGACAACGGCCAGGCUAUCCUUUGUACAAUACACCAACCAUCUUCGCAGCUGUUUCAAAUGUUCGACCAACUCUUAUUCCUUGAACGCGGUGGUCGUACUCUCUACUUUGGCGACAUCGGCAGUCAAGCCACGACACUAAUCCAGUAUUUCCAAGACGGCGGGGCCAGAAGUUGUGAUCCUGGAGAAAAUCCAGCUGAGUGGAUCCUUGAUGUGACAGGAGCUCAUCGUAAUCCGUCUCAAAAGACAAUCGACUGGUCCGAAACAUGGCGAAAGAGCCCUCAAAGACAGGAGGUGAAGCAUCAGUUAGCCGCGAUCAAGGAAAGGUCUUCAACCACUGCAGUCUCCCAAUCAUACCAGCCGCGCGAUGAAUUUGCAGCAUCUUCAUUAAAUCAACUCAUUCUUGUCACUCAUCGGAUAUUUCAGGAGUAUUGGCGUGAUCCGGUCUAUUUGUACUCUAAAGUGGCUCUGUCUGCUGGGGUGGGUUUCUUCAACGGAUUCUCAUUUUUCAUAUCGCCACUAGAUAUGCAAGGUCUCAUCAACGUUCUUUUCUCUAUUUUCUUGUUGGCUUCUAUUUUCAACAAUGUCGAUCAACAAAUAAUACCCCGGUUUAUACGCGGCCGGCAGCUCUUUGAGGCACGAGAACGGCCUUCUAAAACAUACUCGUGGAUUGUAUUUGUCGCUUCAAACGUAAUUGUGGAAGCAGUUUGGCAGACAGUUACAUCAGUCCUACUGUUUAUUGUUUGGUACUAUCCAACGGGACUAUGGAAGAACGGAGACCCGUCAUUCUCCCGGACCGAGAGAGGUGGUUUGAUGUUCGGUUUACUCUGGAUCUUUUGCAUAUUCAUGUCUACUCUCUCGCAAGCCAUUGCGGCUGGAUUGGAGCACGCCGAAAUGGCAGUGCAAAUGGCGCAGCUCGUUUCGUCAUUAUGGUUGAUAUUCUGCGGAGUAUUGGUAGCGCCGUCGCAACUCCCGGGGUUCUGGAUCUUCAUGUACCGUGUCGCUCCCCUUACAUAUCUUAUCGGUGCGAUGGUUUCUACUGGUAUCGGCAACACAGUUGUGACAUGUUCAUCCUACGAACUACUGCGAUUCGAAUCUCCGCCUGGGCAGACAUGCGGCCAGUAUAUGUUGCAGUACUUGAGCUAUCCUGAAGUUUCCGGAAGUCUAGUGAACCCAGACUCAACAGGGCAAUGCAUAUAUUGUCCAUUGCGAGAGACGAACACAUUCCUUGCGACAAUGGAAAUCUACGUCGUCGACCGCUGGCGUGAUUUUGGACUACAGUUCGUUUAUGUAGCCUUCAACAUCAUACUUACCUUUUUCUUAUAUUGGCUUGCUAGGGUACCUAAAGGGAAGAAAAUAUGA